AAUAAGGAAGAAGACGGGAGAGAGAGGGGGGGGAAAUGUGACAUGAGCUCAAGGCCAUAGCGCAUGCGUUAGUAGGCUUUCGCUGUUUGUCUCUUGUUUGUCUCUCUAACAACUGUCAUUACAACCAUACAGGAUGCGGUGGUUCUCGUGUUCAUUGUGAGGGAGGGGGGAAGCCAACGGGAAAUUAUAGCAACGUCGAACGUUUUUUUUGUGUGUUUUUUUUGUUUUGUUUUGUUUUUUUGCCCGUCAAUAUUGGACACGGCGGAGAAGGCGCCGAGAGUUUCCGUCUUGCUGGGAAACCAUUUUAUGAUUGCCAAUGCAUUGUGACCCAUAAGGUUAACGUUGGAUUCGUCUCGCUAGCUUGACUUGGCUAGCUUAGCUAUUUGGUCCGUCGUUGAUGGGUUCGCUGAACGAGCUACACUUGGAAGAAACAGCGACUGUUGCUUCGUGAACAACAUGGACGCCACUGAAGAAGCGGAUAUUUGUCGUGUCUGCCGCUCCGAGGGGACCCCAGAAAAGCCCCUGUAUCACCCUUGUGUUUGCACCGGCAGCAUUAAGUUCAUUCACCAAGAAUGUUUGGUCCAGUGGCUGAAACACAGUAGGAAGGAGUAUUGUGAAUUAUGCAAGCACAGAUUUGCAUUCACGCCAAUCUACUCCCCAGACAUGCCAUCACGUCUGCCCAUUCAGGACAUUUGUGCCGGUCUGCUGACAAGCGUGGGCACGGCCAUCCGCUAUUGGUUCCAUUACACACUGGUGGCUUUUGCUUGGCUUGGUGUGGUUCCUCUUACUGCAUGUCGCAUCUACAAGUGUCUUUUUACUGGCUCUGUGAGCUCACUUCUGACACUGCCAUUGGACAUGCUCUCCACCGAGAACCUGCUAGCUGACUGUCUACAGGGCUGCUUUGUGGUUACCUGCACUCUGUGUGCAUUUAUUAGCCUGGUAUGGCUCAGAGAGCAGAUAGUCCAUGGCGGCGCCCCACAGUGGUUAGAGCAGCACCAGCCUGCGCCACCCAAUGGAGCUGGACAAGCCAAUGAGGCACAAGCGGCGGGCCCAGGAGCAGCAAAUGAGCCCCCUGCUGACCAACCAGCCCCUGCAGAGCCACCAGCCCAGAAUGAGGCAGAGCCAGAGCCCCCUGAUCCACCAGAGCAGGGAGACGACCCCGAGCUGGAAGAAGAGGAGGGGGUGGCUGCUGAAGAUGCUGACCCCAACAAUGGAGGCCAAGAUGACAUGAACUGGAAUGCUUUGGAAUGGGACCGAGCGGCCGAAGAGCUCACCUGGGAAAGGAUGCUUGGCUUGGAUGGAUCGCUGGUUUUUCUGGAGCAUGUAUUUUGGGUGGUGUCUCUCAACACACUCUUCAUCUUGGUGUUUGCAUUUUGUCCCUACCACAUUGGACAUUUCUCUGUCGUGGGUCUUGGCUUUGAGGAAUAUGUUCAAGCUUCCCAUUUCGAAGGUUUAAUUACAACCAUUGUUGGCUACAUACUGCUGGCCAUGACACUUAUACUGUGUCAUGGAUUGGCUGCUCUGGUCCGGUUUCAGCGCUCCCGACGUCUCUUAGGAGUCUGUUACAUCGUUGUCAAGGUCUCCCUCCUGGUUGUCGUGGAGAUAGGUGUUUUUCCGCUGAUCUGUGGCUGGUGGCUUGACAUCUGCUCCCUAGAGAUGUUUGAUGCCUCUCUGAAAGAUCGUGAGAUGAGUUUCAAAUCAGCACCUGGGACCACCAUGUUCCUGCACUGGCUCGUCGGGAUGGUCUACGUCUUUUACUUUGCUUCUUUCAUUCUUCUUUUAAGAGAGGUGCUGAGGCCUGGAGUGCUGUGGUUUCUGAGAAACCUCAAUGACCCAGAUUUUAACCCCGUGCAGGAGAUGAUUCACCUUCCUAUCUACAGACACCUGCGGCGGUUCAUUCUGUCGGUGGUGGUGUUUGGUUCCAUUGUGUUGUUAAUGCUGUGGCUGCCCAUCAGGUUGAUUAAACUACUGAUGCCCACCUUCCUGCCAUACAAUGUCAUGCUCUACAGUGAUGCCCCAGUCAGCGAGCUGUCUUUGGAGCUAUUAUUACUUCAGGUCGUGCUGCCAGCUUUAUUGGAGCAAGGGCAUACCCGCCAGUGGCUCAAAGGCUUAGUUAGGGCCUGGACAGUCAGUGCUGGAUAUUUAUUAGAUCUCCACUCUUACCUCCUCGGGGAGCAAGAGGACAUUGACGCUAACCAGCCCGUGAACAACAACAACAACCCUCCCCCUGGACACCAUAACAACAAUAACAACCCACCACCAGCUGUUGGCGAGGGGCUGCAUGCGGCACACCAGGCCAUCUUGCAGCAGGGCGGACCAGUGGGCUUCCAGCCUUACCACAGACCUCUCCGCUUCCCAUUUAGAAUUGUCCUACUGAUAGCAUUUAUGUGCAUCACCCUGCUGGUGGCCAGCCUUGUGUGUCUGACACUACCAGUGUUCACUGGACGCUGGCUGAUGUCCUUCUGGACUGGAAGCUCCAAAAUUCAUGAGUUGUACACGGCGGCAUGCGGCUUGUAUGUAUGCUGGUUGUCCAUUCGCGGAGUCACUGUGCUGCUGGCUUGGAUGCCCCAGGGACGCACUGUCAUUGUGCACAAAGUUCAGGAGUGGACGUUCAUGAUCCUUAAAACCCUGGUUGUUGCUCUGCUGGUUGCUGGAGUCAUCCCACUGUUGUUGGGUCUGCUGUUUGAGCUGGUCAUUGUGGCUCCACUCAGAGUACCGCUGGAUCAAACGCCCCUCUUCUACCCCUGGCAGGAUUGGGCUCUUGGAGUGCUUCAUGCCAAAAUCAUCGCAGCCAUUACCCUGAUGGGUCCUCAGUGGUGGCUGAAGACCGUUAUUGAACAGGUGUACGCCAAUGGAAUUCGCAACAUUGAUCUUCAUUUCAUCAUUCGUAAACUGGCAGCACCAGUCAUCUCAGUCCUGCUGUUGUCCCUGUGUGUGCCCUAUGUGAUUGCGGCCGGCGUCGUGCCUACUGUUGGGGUGACCCCAGAGAUGGAAGUUUUAAUCCAAAGGAGAAUCUACCCCUUCCUCUUGAUGGUGGUCUCACUUAUCGGCAUCCUGUCCUUCCAAAUGCGACAAUUCAAACGCCUUUAUGAGCACAUCAAGAAUGACAAGUACCUGGUUGGCCAAAGACUUGUCAACUAUGAAAGGAAAGCAGGACGAGCAAGCUCGGUCCCCCCCUCAAACCCUAUCAUAGAAUAGAUUUUCACCACCUACAUGACACCCCCCUCCCCCCUUUGAUUUGAUCAGUCACUUGGACUGUAAUCAUUUUAAAAUUUCACUUGGAUCUUGGUGGAUUUCAUGGAUGUUAUUCAGUUCCCUGAUUUCCAUUCAUGCCUAUUACAGUUGGGAAGGGAAACAUGUAUUAUAAUCAUGGGACAGCAAAGUAAUCUCCUCAGACAGAGUGAGUGCGAGAGGGAGGGUUUUGAUUUGACUUUUUAUCUGUCGUUCUCGCCAUGCUUUGUAAAGUGCUGCCUGAUAAUUGUACAUCUGUAAAUACUUUGAAUGCAGAUUUUGUCUUUAAAAAAGAAGACAUGGAUUAAUGCGAUGACCAUUGUACAUCUGAAAAGUGUAUGUAUAAUUUAUUAAAUCAAACCAGCAAUUUCUUGUUUAUUUUUAU